UAGUCACCGACUCACACUCGGCCCGGCCCGCACAAACACUUCCUUUGUACGAGGACAUUAGCUUUCACUGCGGUACUGCUUCAAGUCGCGGCCUAUUCAUCAGCACAAGUACAUUUUGGUUUGGUCUGAGAGAUCCUGUUGUAUGAUAUAUUUAAUUUUUUUGUCCCCGAACAGGUUUUGAUUUCAAUUUGAAGGAUCUGUGAAAGACUGACACCCCGUUCGCGACUCGCAUAUUGUUGUUGAACUGUAAGGAGUUUACCUUUCGGUGAUGUCAGGAGCUGGUUUCAGGGUGGGAUGACAUUUCCUUGAAGGGAGAUUGUUUUGAGUGAACUCUGGAUAGAUCAAGAAGCAGACCAGGACAAUGCGGACUGAGACAGCGUUGUGUUUUAUGCUGGUUCUCCUGACCGUGGUUGACAGCGUCAGCUUCAGACGUCAGCAGCAUGGCAGAGAGAAACGACAGCAGCAGCAGCAGCAGCAGGACUUUGAGGUUACAGCUAUGCGGAUACAGAACAUCCUUGAUGCUCACAACAAACUACGGAGGAUGGAGAUUUCCACAGACAUGAACAUGCUGACAUGGCACACUGGCAUGGCAGCGGAGGCACAGAAGAUGGUGGAGGACUGUUUUUGGGCGCAGAGGCCCCGGUCAGAGAUGAAGGACUUGGUGGAAGGGUUUACACGGGUUGCCCAGAAUAUCUACAUGUCUCCAAACUUGACCAGCAUGGAGGCUGUUGCAGCUACGUGGGCCGGUGAGAAACACCAUUACCAGUACCAGACGGGUCUGUGCAACAAGAUGUGCUGGAACUACAAACAGGUAGUCUGGGCAAAGACACAUUCCCUGGGGUGCGGCAUCCGGUACUGCUCCGACCUCAAGAACGUACAACCUAAACAGGGGGGUUACCUCAUUGCCUGUAUGUACGGCCCAGCUGGCAACAUAGGCAACAGAAGGCCUUACACUCACGGGGACGUCCCCUGCAACAACUGCACCAGCGACUUCCCGUACUGCUACGACGGCCUCUGCAGUAAGGUUGAGCCACCCCCCGAACCUAAUACUUCGACAACGACAACGACAACGACAACGACAACUACAACGAAAACAUCAACGACACAAGGGACGACUACAAGAAAGGUCACAGUAGGAUCUUCCAGUCGGACCCGCCCAUUCAUUGUCGGCUACGUCUGCAUGUUCCUCCUCGCCCGGCUUCUGUCCCGGGUUCUGGGGUGACCGCAGCCAAAGGACAUAGCUACUAUGGAACAAAUGAACGUUGGUUUUAUGUUACCAUGGAAACAAAAGUUUUAGAUUUUUUUCUUCUAGGACGCCGUCAACCCCCUAAUAAAUAUCAACAGUGCAAUGAAUAUGCCUCGUUAGCAAGUCAUGGUACAUAGUUAUUUUGUGUCCAUUCGAGAGUAAGAUUUCUUUUCCGGAUUUUAAUACACAACAAGGGCAGGUAACUCUAUUCAUACGUCAUAACGAAGCAAUCCUAUCGGUGACACCCUCGUUAUCCUAUAGGUAUUCACGGCUCCAGGACAGGGUAUCGCUGUCUGUGUGGAGCUUGAUCAGUCACCUGACAACAUUUGUGUCCAUUCGUGACCAACUCGUGUUAUUCCGGGACAAGCCGAAUCUUCUUGCAGGUUACGGAAAGGGGCGAGUGGUGACGAAUGCAUUUGUGACGUUAUGAAAAAUACGUUAUCGCGCAAUUUGUUUCCUGUAUGCAAAGAGACAGUACAAGUCUUCAGGUUUCACUCGAAGAGUUGUUUUCUCUGAUUCCAAGUAUCGCUAUAGAAGACAGAAUAAGUAAGGUUACAAAAUCUUUGUUUGCAUACGUUUGAGCAUACACAAGUAUAUUAAUCUUAACUGCGACAUUUUUACUGUUAUAUAAACUGCCGGGUAACAGAAAAUAUUCACCUGAAAGUUGGCCAAAAUAUUACAAACGUCAACAAAACGUUACUUGGCUAAAUGUAAGGUAUCUUUGAACCUACGUAAACUGAUCAUGACAAUACUAUUACAUCAGCAUCGAUUAUUGUUUCUUGUUUGUUUCAUUUUUUAACCACAAUCAAACAUGGAUGUCUACUUUCUUUUGCCCGGCAGAUUAUAUUCUUUUUGCGCAGCAUUUACUUUUUGAGAAUAUUUGUAGUUUUUUAUAGAAAUUUUUCUACGUGGAGGACUGCCUUAAAAGAUGCAGUAGUUUACAUCCUCUAGUUUAAAACGUAUUAUAUAAGUUUAUUAUGCCUGUAUAGUUAACUAGACGAGAAAUAUGGAUGUAGGAGAACAUUUGUUUCUGUAAAUAUGUGCCGAAAGAUGUGAUAUGAAUAAAUUAUUUUUGUUAUA